GUGCUCCCGAGUUUUUCCUUUCUCUCGCUUUCUCCCUGGAGUCUGCUCCUCGCUGAAGAAGACUCAGAAGAGCUCCACUCAGUCAUGCCUGCGGGCGUUCACAGCCGUCUGAUCUAGGGCUCAUCGGCUACCGGAUGCUGCUCCCACUCUUCAUUUCAAGCAACAGUUGUUGAGGAGCUCCUUCUUCAGCACUGGUGUUUGCUCUUCCUUCUCUUGUGCUUACAGGUAGUAUUUUGAUUGGGCGUUGUCAAAACUUCCUUCUGUUUCUGGCGUGAUUGUAGCUGGUACUGAAUGCAGCUUGGCCUGUUGGUUUUGGUUUUAGAUAUGAUGGAUCUGACAUGGCUUAGUGCCAUUCUUGUUGGGGCUGGAUGCCUAGCUUUGGGAUAUUACAUUGGUACACGUUAUCCUGCUUGCUUAUUUGUUUCACCUAAAAUAGCUAAAAGCACUGCAGCAGUUGAAGGUAACAACAAUAAGAGUCGGCUCAAGCAGCCUCUUGAGAUUGAGAAGCUAGCUGACAUUCUUGAAGAUUUUAAAAUGGUUUUGGUUGUGAGAAAUGACUUAAAAAUGGGUAAAGGAAAAAUUGCCGCCCAAUGCAGUCAUGCAACUUUGGGUCUCUAUAAAAAGCUCCUUCAUCGGGCUCCAAAAGCUUUAAACAGGUGGGAGAUGUGUGGGCAGGUUAAGGUGGUUGUAAAAAUAGAGAGUGAGGAAGAUCUGCUUAUUCUACAAGAAAGGGCAAAAUCUAUUAAGCUACCAACCCAUAUUACUAUUGAUGCUGGGAGAACACAAAUCGCACCAAAUUCAAGGACAGUGAUGGCUAUUCUUGGACCUGCUGAUUUGGUCGACGAUGUAACAGGUGGAUUAAAGCUUUUGUGAUGGCUUCUCCACUCAAAGGGUGUGCUAAUUUUAUGAACUGCCAAGCAUUUGGAAGGCAUGACAAAUUAAUUUGGUCGACGAUAUAACAGGUGGAUUAAAGCUUUUGUGAUGGCUUCUCCACUCAAAAGGUGUGCUAAUUUUAUGGACCGCCAAGCAUUUGGAAGGCAUGACAAAUUAAUUUGAGGGGGAUCAAUUGGACCACAUAUGAGGAAUCCCCCUUGUAUGCAAAGCCUCGACUUUGAAAGACAUUCAGUUUUCUUAAUCAACUCAUGAGCUUUGCUGAUAUGUCUGGCUCAUUCAUGUACUUCCAUUCCUGACAAUGAUGAAAAAUAUUUUAAGGACCCCAUACAUGAUGAAAUUGAGCCAUUACCAGCAUACUAAUCGCCAAGAUUCAAGCUUCGCAAACAAGCCCCUAGUGUGUCGCAUGCUACGCUCCAAUGUGUAAUCUAUUUGAAAUUUGACUUGCAUGAUUUAUACAAAGAGAAACAUUAAACGUCU